CUAGUAAUGUGAAGUUUGGCAGCCUGCAUUACAUGCUCUUACAUCAAGCUGUGUACACAGUGGCGUAUGUAGGUCACGUAUGGGUGUGUUUGAGUCAUACUUCGUCAACUACACCGUUGGUAGAGGAUGACAGCCACUUGUUCACACGUUGAGGACGUGAGAAGCCGGCCUAUGGCGGGUGGAAUAGCGGCAGGCAGCCCGGGGACAGGGGUCAACAAACCGCCGCCCGGGCUGUCUGACGAAGUGUUCGCCAUGUUGUUCAUCCUUGUGCUGAGUUUGGUCAUACCUCUGUCCCUGUCGAUAUGGGUGGUAUCACUGGUCAUGAACACAGCAUAUGACGGUACCAUGUAUCCCAUCUCUCCAUGGAGACUGCUGUUUGCCAUCAUUGCCCCACUGUACAUCACCAUCAAAGGUCUGAGGAAACAAAGUCUGGACACAACUGGUGCUCUCACUGGAUUUGUAGUAGGCUUUGUCCUGACUGUCAGCAACCUGUGCUUCUUCUCCUGUCUUCUGGCCUUCUUUGGCAUAUCGUCGUGGGCAACCAAGUACAAGGCAGAGAAGAAAAGGAGUCUGGAAGAAGACUUCAAGGAAGGUGGCCAGAGAAACUGGAUCCAGGUGUUGUGUAAUGGAGGUGUGGCUACAGAGCUGGCUAUCCUGUACAUGAUAGAGUUUCACCCAGGCGAGACUAUCAUCGACUUUAACACCAGGUACAACGCAUGUUGGCUGGUGCUGGCUGUUGUAGCAGGGUUAGCCAGUAGCUGUGGGGACACCCUGUCAUCCGAGCUGGGAACAGUGCUGGGUGGGCAGCCUAAACUCAUCACAACCUGGCAGCCGGUACCCAAAGGUACCAAUGGUGGAGUGACAGGCGUCGGGUUGGCAUGCAGCAUGAUGGGAGGUCUGGCUGUGGGCAUGGCUUACUACCUGACGAUCCUGCUGACCCAUGAGCCGCUGUCUGACAGUGUGUACCAGUGGCCCAUGGUUCUGUAUGCCGGGGCUGCAGGGUUGCUGGGAUCACUGCUGGACUCCUUUCUCGGGGCCACACUUCAGUAUUCUGGGUUCUGUGACAAACAGAAGAAGGUUGUCCAGUAUCCAUCCCCUACAACCAAGCACAUCAGCGGGCUGCCCCUGUUGGACAACCAUGGAGUCAACCUGGUUACAUGUAUCAUCAUUAGCCUGACAAUGCCACGUCUAGGUUACCAGCUCUGGCCCUACUAGAUAUGAACUUCUGGAUUAGGCCUUGCAUACUUAAAUUGUAGAUUCCGUAUAGAUAUAGAAGAUACAGGGUUGAACAA